CCAUACUUUCAAACAUUCCUCUACUAAUCCAGACUAACUCAAAUGUGUGCAAAACAACCCAAUCUAACAGAAGCUGACCCAAGCUAACCCAAACUGAGCUAAACUACCCGAAAUAAACCCAAGCUAAAACAUACAGCAAAAAUAAAGUUGAUAGCUACUGAAACCUUUAAACCCUCCCUUAGAUCCAGAUCUCUGCUGUGAUGUUGCCCAGAUCACGUCGACAUUGGCUGGCUUUGAUAACUCGCUUCCAUUUGCCAGAUGCCCCACCUGCGUGAAAAACAUCCAGAGAUUCUUCUGCGCCUUCUCCUGCUCACCCUUGCAGUACUACAUGACUGCUGACUACAAGGUGGCCACCAACGCAGCAAAUAAAGAAUACGCCUCCGAAGUGGUGCUGUAUGCGAGCAAUACAACUCUGAGCGAUAUUUACCAGUCGUGCAAAGAUGUUUCCCUACCCAGUACUGGGGAGCCAGUUCUUCAAAGCGCUUGUGGAAACUACGGCUCGAUCUGGUGCACUCCCAAGAGGUGGUUUGAGUAUAUGAACGAUCCAGAUGAAAACCCAUUUGCGCCGUUUAAAAUCACCUUUAUUGACGACCCGUCCUAUGAGAGUCCUUUGGACUUUCGCGUUAUUUCCUGUGAGGACUCUUAUGAAAACUCUUCUGCCUGUGGCUGCUCUGAUUGCCCAGUGAACUGCCCGAGCAACAGCUACGAAGACAUUGAUGUGCAGCAUCUGAUUUUUUCCGAUAUCAACAUCUACGCGUUUUAUGUUGCUAUUGGUCUGGGGUGUUUGGGGAUUUUCUCCUUUCUCAUUCUCCUACUGGCUUCGAGAAUUCUCAGCUCUACCUCCAGUGCAGCAACUAAAAACAAACUUGAUGUAACCAUCCAGGAAAAGGUCCAUGGGUUUCUGUACAGAUUCUUCAGGGCUUGGGGAGUUGCUAUGGCUUCAAGAUGGCACUUGGUGCUUCUGCUGAGCAUUGCGGUGGCUGUUGUCGCCUCAUGUGGCAUUUUUUACUUGAAAGUAACCACUGAUCCGAUAGAACUGUGGGCUUCGCCCAGCAGCAGAAGCAGGAAGGAGAAGGACUUCUUUGACACCUAUUUUUCCCCGUUCUACCGGACGAAUCAGGUGUUCAUCCGGGCGGCUUCCAUGAGCUCGUUCUAUUUCAGCUCUAACUAUGGAGGGGACAUUAUGCUGGGACCCGCCCUGGACAGCACGUUUUUGGAGGAAGUCUUCAAGCUGCAGAAGCAGAUAGAGAAUAUUACGGUGGAAGUUGAGGGCGAAACCAUCGGACUCAAAGACAUCUGCUACUCUCCCCUGCGAACUCCGUUUUAUGGGAGCCGAUCAAUUGACGAAUGCACUGUGAUAUCGCCACUGGGCUACUUUGGAAACAGCAUCGAGACGUACAAGAAGGACAUUAAAAGCAGCACGGAGAAAAUCAUCGGAUGCCUCCAAGCUCCCACUGGAUUAAAUUGCUUGGCCCCCUACGGGGGCCCGGUUAUUCCAGGAGUUGCGAUGGGAGGCGCUAAACAGCAGGACCAUUUGGAUGCUGUCGGAGUUACCCUCACUUUCAUAGUGACAAACAAGCAGGAUAAGAGCGAACUUACCGGAGCUUUGGCUUGGGAGAAAAAGUUUGUGGACUUUAUGCAGGAAUGGGAUGCUUCGGAAGAUAAGCCGGAGAUCUUGGAUGUGGCGUUCAGCGCUGAGCGCUCAAUUCAGGACGAAAUCGAGCGACUGUCCAAGUCGGAAAUCACUACUGUUGUCAUCAGCUACUUGGUCAUGUUCACUUACAUUGCCGCCUCUUUGGGGAAAAUCGUUAAAUGGCAGGAAAUGCUGCUGGAGGCUAAACUGGUGUUGGGAAUUGGGGGCAUUUUGAUCGUUCUCUCCUCAGUUAGUUCGGCGGUUGGACUGUGCUCGUACUUUGGAGUAACCACCACAAUGUUAACUUUGGAAGUCAUUCCGUUUCUUGUCCUCGCUGUAGGCGUGGACAAUUUGUUCAUUGUGGUGCAGGCCCAUCAAAGGAAAACCAAGAUUCCCGAUCAGACAGUGGCCGAAUCAAUAGGCGACACUUUAGGAGCAGUGGGGCCUAGCAUGAUGAUGACUAGUUUAUCCGAAAUUUUGUGCUUUGCUAUUGGCUCGCUUUCUUCUAUGCCAGCCGUCCACACGUUUGCCGUUUACGCCACCAUAGCGGUGGCUUUUGACUUCAUUUUCCAGAUUACUGCCUUUUUGGCUCUGCUCAGUCUGGACCAGAAACGAUACGACGCUAAUCGACUGGAUGUGCUGUUUUGCAUCAAACUCCACACCCAGAAAACCAACAAGCCGCCAAUAAUUUCCACGUUUUGGAAAGAAAAGUUCACUCCAAUUAUCAUGAAGUUCCCAGUUAGGGUGAUUAUUCUGAUAGUCUUCCUGAUUUCCACCAGCAUUUGCGUUUCGAUUGCACCUUCAGUUGAGCUGGGUUUAGAGCAGGAACUAUCCAUGCCAACCGAUAGCCAUGUGCUAAAAUACUUCCAGUACUUGAGCAAACUGCUAGGCACCGGACCUCCGAUCUACUGGGUGACGAAAGGAAGUGUAGAUUUUACCAGCUUGGAAGUCCGCAACAAAAUGUGCAGCGGAGUUGGUUGCGAUGAUAACUCCAUAGUGACUCAGUUGUAUUUGGCAGCGCAAGCUAAAAACAUAACAUACGUUUCCACGCAAGCGAACUCUUGGCUGGACGAUUUCCAUGACUGGGCUAAUUCCUCUCAGUGCUGUAAAGAGUUCAUAACAAAUUCCUCCUUCUGCCCUCACACUUACACCACUGAUCUCUGCUGGUCUUGCAAUUUGAGCGCUGGCGACUUGGACUAUCCGAGUAAUUAUUCCAGAUACUUGCCCUAUUUUCUCAUGGAUAAUCCUGACUCGUCUUGUGCCAAAGGAGGACAUGCUUCCUACUAUCAGGUGAGGUUUACUCAACAAAUUGCAGCCUUAUAUUGGGUCAAGUUUGCGAGUGUGUGCACUUUAAGGCAUAAAUGAGCUCGGGCGAGGCCCUUUUGUUAGAAUAUGAAUUAAAUCUUCAAUAUCAUUGACAAUUGCCGCACUUAUUGCCGAAAAUAAGCGCGUAAAAUUUCACUGGUCUAGUUUGAGAUUUCUCUACUGUUUCACCGAAAAUUUGCAAUAUUUUUUUCGAGAAUACAGAAGGUUUAAAAAUUCCAGAAAAUGACCCACAAUCAAUCAAUCUCCAUCAUAUCAAUCAUCAUAUUCCAAAUUAAGGCCUUAUGUCGGCUUAAGUUUGCAAGUUAUGAAUUUGUUUAAGGCACCGGUUGGUACGUUUGGAA